CCUUAGUUACCGCUCGGGGCGUCACUCCGGGCCGAACCACUGCGGUGCUGAGCACGGUGCCGGGCUGAGCCACUCGCCUUCCUGCUGGGGGUGGUGAAACGGAAAUCAUCACAGCUGCCCCCUGAGUGCGCCCACAGCGGCUGCGGGUCUCGCUGCUCUAUAGCUCCCGUCCUCUCCCCCUUCCUCUCCGCUCCGUCGUUGGUUUCGUCCGGUGCGGCCCAUAGCGACGGCGGCCGCGCUGAGGGAAGAUGGCGGCUCCGGCGCCGCGGUCAGCUCCGUGAUCGUCGUGAGCUCCUUCCCUUCCCCGCGGCCAGCAUGUCUGACUCGGAGGAGGAGGAGAGCCCGGACCGCCAGCUCAAGCUCGUGGUGCUGGGGGACGGCACCGCAGGGAAGGCAUAACUGUUAUGCAGUCUUUCAUGAGAAGCGUGGUGAAGAGCAGUUUUAGGACUGAUGGGGUUAUUUGCAUUGCAGAGACAUCCUUAGCCACACGUUUUGCCCAGGAAACGUUUGGAAAACAAUACAAACAAACCAUAGGACUGGAUUUCUAUUUGAAAAGGAUCAUACUGCCAGGAAAUUUGAAUGUUACUCUUCAAGUGUGGGAUGUAGGGGGACAAACAAUAGGAGGCAAGAUGCUGGAUAAAUAUAUUUAUGGAGCUCAGGGUAUUCUUUUGGUGUAUGAUAUUACCAACUGCCAGAGCUUUGAAAAUUUAGAGGAUUGGUAUAAUGCGGUUAAAAAAGUGACUGAAGAAUCAGAAAUGCAGCCACUUGUGGCCUUGGUUGGAAAUAAAAUUGACUUGGAGCAUAUGCGCACAGUGAAAGUUGACAAGCAUCAGCGAUUCUGUCAGGAAAACAAUUUCAGUAGUCAUUUUGUGUCAGCCAAGACAGGAGAUUCUGUCUUCCUGUGUUUUCAGAGGAUUGCUGCUGACAUCCUUGGCAUUAAAUUAAACAAAGCAGAAAUGGAACAAUCACAGCAUGUUGUCAGGGCAGAAAUAGUGAACUACCCUGAAGAAGAUAACCAACAUCACAAUACUUCCAGCUGCCAGAGCAAAGUCUGCUCGAUGCAGUAGUUCAGAGGGUGGUGAAAGCAGAUAUUGUCAACUACAGUCAGGAGCCUGUGACGAGAAGCGUUAAUCCUCCUAGAAGCUCAAUGUGUGCAGUUCAAUGACUGUAUUAUUCUUCUCUGUUUUGAUACUUUUGGCUGUCCUCCUACUUUGACACAGGCUCUAGGAUUGCCAGGAGCUUUUAACAGUCACCAUCACUACAAUGUAACUACAAGUUUCAAAAGCGUGUUGCACCAUUUUACAUUAAGAAGCAGCAGGCAGUUUGUUUUUUUCUUUGACUGACUGAAAAUGAAAUGUUGAGACCACACACUUUGAAAAAUAAAAAUCUACAUUCUUUGAAAUUAUAUUUCAGUAAAGCAGUAGAACCGUGUUUGUUUUCUCCUAUCUGUUUGGCUGAUACUGGAAUGAAAAUGAGCGAAGAAGUAUGAUUAUGGAAGUUUUGCCAAAGCAUUUCUUUUUCCUUUAUUUUUUUUUCUUUCUCCUGUGAUCUAAACUAGCAUUAUUCAUUCAGCAAAAUAUAACUUGGGGAAACUAUUGCAGGAAUACUUUUAGAUGACUAAUAUAUUUUACUUAGGGAUAACUUGAAAAGUAUUCCAUAACUGUAUAUACAUAGUGCAAAAUGUAUAAAUUGUAUCCAGGAAGAAUCAGUGCUUGAAAUAAAGCUGUAAUAUAAAAGUAA